AUGUUACAGAGUGGCACUUAUUUCUUGGAAGUAGAGUGUGUACCGUGCGAGUGUGGCUAUGGUUCGUCGAGUGCAGACUGUUUGUCCAAUGGUCAAUGCCGGUGUAUUGGCGAAGCAGUUGGCCGACGGUGCGACCGAUGCGCCAAUUUGAAUGAAGUGUUGGACCGACAGACACUGAAGUGCUUGAAAAUCAAAAACAGAUGUCCAUCCAACAUUGAAUAUGGCGUGCAGUGGCCAACAACAAUUGCUGGUGCUACUGCUAAACAAAGCUGUCCGAAUGGCGAAAUUGGUUUGGUGCUGAGGAAGUGUUUGAGAAACGCUUUUUGGGAUCAAGUGAACAGCUACAACUGUACACUUCCAGCUUUCGCUAAGUUAAUGGAAGUUGUGGAGAAUCAAAUCACGUUGGCCAAGGACUUUGCUAAUGCGACAAGUACUGUUCACCAUUUAAAGGGCAUCAACGUGCCAAUCGCGCAAAAAAUCCUGAGACAACUCGUUCGAAGGGAAAUUAGUGGCUAUAGUACAAACAGCAGUCAUAUAAGGUCGGCUGAAUACACGGAUAAUGUAUUAAAAGCUGCCGAUAGUUUGCUCACACUGAAGUACUACCCGAAUAUUGAUUCAUUCAUUCGACUUCUCAAUGAUUAUGGCAUAUAUUUGGCGCAGACACAUGCUGUCCAUCCAUAUUUGAAGCCAUUUAUUUUUUGCGGACAAAAUAUUGGUAGAGCGCCUGUCGUCGCCUUUUAUUUCAACGCAGCUUGCACUGCCCAGAUUCUGUUCCCGGGCAGUGUAGAUGCCUGGAAUUAUCCAGAAUGUGUUAUUGCUGAAAAUGCAAAAGAUACCGAGGAUUUAUCUAAAAGUGUUGGCAAUUGGUCAAACCUGGGUGUGACAGAGAUGUCCAGUGCACCUUUGGAAUGGUCUAUGCAGAACGCGGCGCUGAUGAGAUUGAGUCGUAAUCAUACUAUUUGUGAUUUCAACAAACCCGGUAUUUAUACCAUUCUUAUUCGACCCGAUCACGGAGCUUUGAUCCGCUUCAUUCCAUCGAAAACGAUUCCUUACGCUGGACCGCUGUGCGCGGUAUUCGCGCUUAUUCUACUAGUGCUGUCAGCAGUCCGUACCCUCUAUCGGCAGUGUAUUCAGUUAAAGCUGAUACGCUUUGGCUUUAUCAUUUCCUUUAUGUUUGAUGCAUUCGCCAUCUUCUCGGUUCAUCGACUUCAACUGAGCGCUGUAUAUGCAUUACAGUUUUAUUUGCUUUUGCUCUUAAAUUAA